CCGUGCUCUUGCUCAGUCAGAGUGCUUGCUGCGCGCGGCGGGCGCGCGCGAUGCAGAUCUUCGUCAAGACCCUGACGGGCAAGACGAUCACUCUCGAGGUGGAGCCGUCUGACUCGAUUGACAACGUCAAGGCCAAGAUCCAGGACAAGGAGGGCAUCCCGCCCGACCAGCAGCGCCUGAUCUUCGCGGGCAAGCAGCUCGAGGAUGGCCGCACCCUCUCUGACUACAACAUUCAGAAGGAGUCGACCCUCCACCUCGUGCUCCGCCUGCGCGGCGGCAUGGGCCACAAGUCCAACCCCUGGAAAAAGGCCCAUUCCAAGAUGCGCUGGAAGUGGAAGAAGAAGCGCACGCGCCGCCUGCAGCGCAAGCGCAGGAAGAUGCGGCAGCGCUCCAAGUAAGUUUGGGCGCAUUAGCGGGGCGGGCCGGCAUGAUCUUUCGUCGGCGCGGGCGGACACCAGCUGCGCCGGCGACGAGGAUGCCGCGAUGCAAGGCGGCCGCAACGCGCGCGUCGAGGGCGGAGAGAGCGGCCUGGUCCCGCGCUGUGAGGACUGGAGGUAGAUGCCACCUUGAGCUUGUUUUGUGGUCUUU